AUGACUGUACGUGUUUCCACGUUGAUAAGCGUCCAGUGGCCUCCCGAGCCCGUAGAAACGCCACCAGAUACCCUCGUUAUAAGUGUUGGAAAAUAUUACGUUGAUUUGAGAAUUUUUUCCGACACCCAAACCAUUUCAUGGGCCCUAGCAGGACAGAGAAUCAUUGUUUCUGAAGAUCCGCUUCGUAUUAAAUUCACACACUGCAUCAACUCCCACCACAAUGGUUCCGACCUCGGCGAGAAUAGAAUGGAGACCCCCGAUGUGGGUGAGUUCACCAAGCUCCCCAAUGGAGACGAUCUCGAAAUAGGAGAGAUGCCUGCUUCUCAUCGAGGUGGAGAAGUUUACCCGUACCGAGAGAUUUGGCGAGAGAUAAAGCUUGAACAGGGUGGUGAUACAUAUGGGCUUCCUACAGCUUUCGUUUUAGAAAGCGCUGAUGACGAUCCUCAAGAACUGAUUUGCGAAAAUGUCACGGCGAAGUCAUUCUACGCCAGAGCGGGUAACUUCUUCCUUGCCUUGCGUAAAAAAAAACCCAAUAUAGAAGAUCGUGAGAAUGGGAUCAGCAGUGGGAGAGGUCCUGUCAAUUUCUCAGCUAUUCGACAAGAAUACAAUGCAGAUAUCAAUGGCUGGGUUACAAAAUACAGCAUUGGCAACGUUGAAAAUUUGUUCAAAAUGUCUGACUUGGCACAGUCAGCUGUGGUUGAAAAUGUGGAAGGUGAUUCAUCUUGGGAAUUAAAUAGUCGGGUGAUGAUGAAAGGUGCAUAUGAUGGCGCAAUUAAAGAAACAUGUAUUGUGAGGGCAGUCAUUUGA